GUAACCUCAUAUUUUUGUAAUAUAGAGUUGUCCUGUAAAUAUUUAAUUCUUGGAAUGUUUCAUUAAUUUAAAUAUCAAAAUUUUUUAAUUGUAUUGGCUACGAUAUUGUGGAAAUGGAAUGAUAUUAAUAAGAACUAUAAUAUAUCUGUUUCUUAUAUCUCUUAUUCUUUAGGUACUUUGUGUUAUAUUUGUUUUAUUAAAAAAUGGGUCUAUUAACGGAUCCAAGUUCUGGUCAAGGCAAGUUAGUCAAACUUCUCUUAAAACAUUAUUCUAAAAUAUGUGUACUAUUGUGCUUGGGUGGUAUACUAUGGUUUUGCGCUUUGGCCUGUCCCCAAAUGAACGCAAAUACUUAUUUUUCUGAAAAUGCCCUUUUACCGGGGCUAGUGAAAUCACAAUUCUAUGAAGAAAAAGCCGCAUCACUUUUCCACGAUGAAUUAAUCGAUGAAAUGAAAAAAUAUGAGGAUUCCAUACCAUAUCCUUGGUUACUUGCUAAAUUUAAACAAUUAGGAUUAGAUACAUACACACACAACUUUACUUUACAUUCACCACUUAGCAACAAAGAGAGAUACAGUGGACAAAAUGUUUAUGGUAUCCUAAGAGCUGCUAGAGCGUCGAGUACAGAAGCUCUUGUACUUAGUGUACCAUAUAGACCCCCAUCCAGUGUUCAUGCUUCAACUAGUGCAUCUGUAGCUGUAAUGCUAGCAUUUGCCAAGUUUGCCAAUAAGGAAAAAUAUUGGGCAAAAGAUUUGAUAUUUUUGAUAACUGAACAUGAGCAACUUGGCAUACAGGCGUGGCUAGAAGCAUAUCAUGGUGUGACAUGCGGAAAUGAAAAUGUUUUGGAUUCAGGUGACCUUAAAGGUAGAGGUGGUGCUAUUCAGGCAGCUGUAAAUCUUGAAAUUCAUAGCACGAGAAUUGGUCAGAUGGAUAUAAAAAUUGAGGGAUUAAAUGGGCAACUGCCUAAUUUAGAUUUGUUUAAUUUGGCAUCCAAAAUGUGUACUAAAGAAGGCCUUUAUCAUACGUUUAAAAAUAAAGGACCAGAAUAUCACAGAGAUCCAAUAAAGGAAUGGAAGUAUUACUUUAGAAACCUUUUAGCGAUGGUAGCGACACAGGCUACAGGGAUACCAAACGGUAACCACGGAUUGUUUCACCGUUUUGGCAUUCAAGCCUUAACAAUGGAAGGUUUCGAACAGUCCAAAGCAAGAGGAAGCAGCAGAGUUGGAUUUGUUAGUAUUGGCAGAAUUAUAGAGGGCACUUUUCGAAGCUUAAAUAAUUUACUUGAACGAUUCCAUCAAAGUUUCUUCUUUUACCUGCUCUCAUCUCCAGAUAGAUAUAUUUCCAUAGGACUUUAUAUGCCUGCAGUUUGUUUAAUUGCUGGAGCUUUAUUCAUAAAAUCCUGUGCAAAAUGGUUCAAAUUUCAAGGAAGUUUUGAGGAUGAGUCAGAUAAGCCCAAAGCAACUGAAGGUCGAGAAACUGAAUCCAUCAAAGUUGACAAAGUCAUAAUUUUAUUUUUACUUACUCAUUUUCUGGGAGUUGUAGUAAUGAAUAUUCCGCAUUAUACAACAAGAAUUUCAAACCAUUAUGACUAUAACGUACAAACUAGUAUUUUUUACACACUUAUUGGACUUUCUGUGAUAUUCUUGUUGUUACCAUUUUUAGUCCCAUUCCGUAGCUGUGAGAGGAGCAUGAAUGCAUUCAAUAUACUUGCUAUGUUAGAACUAGGUACAGCACUCAUAUGCAUAUCUAUGAAUAACUUCUCCUUGGGCAUGUUCUGUGCAGUUGUGAGUGUGCCCUUAGCACUUUUUAUGAACCCCACCUCGAAUAGGUAUUACUCUUUCCUUCAACGAAUAUUGUGGCUGGCGGUACAUCCAUUAACGGUGUUAGUAGUGGUAGUGUUAGUCAACACUUAUUCCAUGUUCCCGACAGAAAGCUUUAAAGAAAUAUUAUCAAGAGGUUGGGACGCGUCUCAACAAGCUGUUAUUUACAGCAUAGUCGAUUCCAUGAUUUAUGGAAAUUGGCUGUUUAGUGUUGUUACAAGUAUCUUCAUUCCAAAUUGGUUAUGUUUUUGGUGUAUUUCUUGCAGUAAUAUUAAACCAAAGAAUGUAGUGAGUCAGGACAAAAAAUUAAAUUAAAACGUUGAUUUUUUAA